AUGUCUACUGAGGAGAAAAAGGCAGAAGUUCCAUAUUCAGAGAAGUCAUGGAUAGAAAAACUCUUGACCCCAGGUGUAGGAACAACAAUGAUUGUUUUCCUUAGAAUUUGCUUCAUUCUUUUAUUAGUCUUCUUAACAGUUUCAAUCUUUACAACUUACAGUAUCCAUUUCGUUAUCAUGUCAGUUCUUGCAUUAGGUUUAUUCUGCUCCUUUGAGUACUUAAUAUAUAAUCUCAAGAAAUACGACCUUUUAAACCCAGAACAAUCGAAAGAAGAAAAGGAUAAGAAGCAAAAGAAAGAAUAA